UGAUAGGAGUGCAUCACAAUUGUGGAUAUGCAUCUAAUAGUAAAACAGUAUACUUUAUAAAUGCAAUUUAGAACAAAAGACAACUAAGAUUGUUAUCUCUGGGAUACAAGCAAUUUUUUUUCCUCCCACCACCAAAAGUAUUUUUAGGUAGUGGGGGUUCCAAUGUUCCACACGCUCCAAUGACAUCUUCAUAGGAUUAUUACAUCAAAUAUUGCAGUAUCCAACUACUUGUCGCAUAUCACAUUUUUCCUCCAUAGCUCACACUCAGCCUCAUGUGCUUUAGUGAGUAGAUCGGAAACAUCCACAUCAGCACCUUAUACCCCAUUUACACCUUGCACAAACCUGAGUUCAAUUUGUUUGACAAGCUAUAUUGCUUCAUCAACAGUACACAAAAUGCUUACAAACUAAACUAGUCAGCAUUCACUUUUACAACUUCUUACGACCAAUAACAAUUAGCUUGCCACCAUGAUUCUUGAAUUGUCACACCACUAACUUGGAAUGUUUAAAGACAGUCAUGAGUCUCCCAUGGAUAAACACAACAUUCUGGUGGAGUUCAUGUGUGCUCAUCUCAUAAAUACAUUUCACCUCACUAUAGCCAGAAACAUACUUUUAAGCAACACUUUAUCUGAGGAAGUAAGGGGCGGGACUUAGUCACACUUUCUUUUGCUGUCUUAAUCUCUCGCUCUGCUUUUUUGUUCUCUAUUUGCAGCUCACCCCCACUUCGUUUCCAUUUUUGACGCCCUUUAGUCGAGGGGGAAGCUGUGUCUGUGUUCUGAAGUGGGACUUAUAAAGAAGGUCUCAGUGGGGGGUUGACUGACUGGAGAUUUUAUUAGCAGUAUCUAUCAGAGCCGGGUGGGCACACGCAGGGAGAUAGAGGGUAAGACAUGGCUAACGAGGAGGGAAGAAAUACAUUCCCCAUGGAACAGCAUGACGACAUCUCCCACCCUGGGCCUGCCGCCGCGCCACACGGGAGUGAUCCCGGUGGGUUGUCGGUUCUAGAGCAGCUGGGUUUGGACCACAGCUCGGAUUUCUCGGACUCCAGUGUACAGCAGCGAUUGGAUGAACGGCGAGAGCGAAUCCGUAGAGAAAUUCGGAAGGAGCUGAAGAUUAAAGAGGGAGCAGAAAAUCUCCGCAGAGCCACUACAGAUAAACGCAAUGUCCAGCAGGUGGAGAGUCAGUUACGGAGCUCCAACCGACGCCUGGACUCACUCCACGCUCAGCUACAGGAGCUGGAUGCUCACAUUGUUGUCAAAGGGACGGAUGAUUCACGUGAUGAACCUCCUCAGUCUCCGGGAACAGAGAGCCGGUCAUCAGCGCAUAACGAUAGAAUUGCUGCGCUGGAAAGGCAGCUAAACAUUGAGCUAAAAGUGAAACAAGGUGCUGAAAAUAUGAUUCCCAUCUAUGCCAACGGCUCCACCAAGGAUAAGAAGAUGUUGCAGACCGCGCAGCAGAUGCUGCAGGACAGUAAGACGAAGAUUGACAUCAUCCGCAUGCAGAUUCGGAAAGCAGUACAAGCCUAUGAACACAAUGAUGAUUCACUGGGAAAGCCUGACCCGUGUGGUAUGGAGCUCCGGAUUGAGGAGCUCAGGCAUCAUUACCGUGUAGAGCACGCUGUCGCUGAAGGAGCUAAAAACGUCCUUAGACUGCUGGGAGCCAGUAAAGUACAAGACAAGAAGGCCAUGUCAGAGGCUCAGUGUCGUCUGAGCGAGUCAUCUCAGAGGUUGGAUCUGUUGAGAGAUUCAUUAGACAGACGGUUAGCAGAACUUCCUGAAGAUCAUCCCAAAGCUUCUGUGAUUAAAGAGGAGCUGGUGUUAGCCUCAUCACCUGCAUUCAGCUCCCGCCACAGCGCCCCCUACGUGCAUAACCAGUACAGCACCCUCUCCAAGCCUUCUCCCCUCACUGGCACUCUUCAGGUGACGCUGCUGGGCUGCAUGGGUGUGUUGGAGGUGGUUCCCGGGCGUUCCCGAGGCAGCCAGGUUGUUUUGCCGUGCUACAGUCCUGGAGAGGGACGGUUCUUUAUGUGGAGUGGAAAAGGCCUGUACAGUCGCAGCGGCAGUGUUAGCGGAAAAACACCCCCCAAAACAGAUGAUCUCUCCUCGGAGGUGAGCGCAGUGCUGAAGCUAGAUAACUCGGUCGUGGGUCAGACGGCGUGGAAGACGGUUGGAGAACAGGGCUGGGAUCAGACCUUCACCAUAGAGCUGGAGAGAUCCAGAGAGAUGGAGAUCGCAGUGUACUGGAAAGACUACCGCUCUCUGUGUGCGUUGAAAUUUCUGAAGCUGGAGGAUUUCCUGGACAACCAGAAACACAGAGUCCAACUCGAGCUGGAACCACAGGGUCUGCUGUUGGCAGAGGUCACAUUCUUUAACCCUGUGAUUGAGAGGGUUCCACGACUAAAACGACAGAAGAAAGUUUUCUCUAAGCAGCAGGGUAAAGCGUUCUUGCGAGCUCGACAGAUGAAUGUUGAUAUCGGCACAUGGGUGAGAUUACUUAGGAAUGCCAUACCAACUGUCAACAACACAGGAACCUACAGCCCUCAUGCACACACUGUACAGACAGGAGAUAUAUCAGUGGAGAAGUUGAGUUUAGACUGUGACUCUCCCACAAAGGUGGAAAUCCGGCAAGAUGUCACAGACGCGCACACCCCGGAACGACAACCGGUCACUGAGCCCCUCUCUCCUCCUGACCUAACCACGCCUGAGCGACCAAACAGAACACAAUCACUGAGCAGUAAGCAAAAGAAGACCGCUUUGAGCCUGCAGGAUUUCCGGCUAAUUGCUGUUCUUGGCAGAGGCCAUUUUGGAAAGGUGCUGUUGGCAGAAUAUAAGAAGUCAGGCAGUAUGUAUGCCAUUAAAGCACUGAAAAAAGGAGACAUUGUGGCCAGAGAUGAAGUAGAAAGUUUGAUGUGUGAGAAGCGUAUUUUCGACACUGUGAACAGCGCGCGGCAUCCUUUCCUCGUGAACCUGUUUGCUUGUUUCCAGACUCCAGAACAUGUGUGUUUUGUCAUGGAGUACACGGCAGGUGGCGACCUUAUGAUGCACAUACACGCAGACGUCUUCACUGAGUCACGGGCUGUGUUCUAUGCUGCUUGUGUGGUUUUAGGACUUGAGUUUUUACAUGACAACAAGAUUGUGUACAGAGAUCUGAAAUUGGACAAUUUGCUGCUCGACACAGAGGGUUAUGUGAAGAUCGCUGACUUUGGACUGUGUAAAGAAGGUAUGGGUUAUGGGGACCGGACCAGUACUUUUUGUGGAACUCCAGAGUUUCUGGCUCCAGAGGUUCUGACAGACACGUCAUACACACGAGCAGUGGACUGGUGGGGACUUGGAGUGCUUGUAUAUGAGAUGCUAGUGGGAGAGUCCCCAUUUCCAGGUGAUGAUGAAGAGGAAGUUUUUGACAGCAUAGUGAAUGAUGAAGUUCGAUACCCACGUUUCCUUUCUUCUGAGGCCAUUGGCAUCAUGAGGAGGUUACUAAGGAGAAAUCCAGAGAGACGACUGGGCUCCAGUGAGAAGGAUGCAGAGGAUGUAAAGAAACAACCUUUCUUCAGGAAUAUGGACUGGGAGGCUCUUCUCCUCCGUAAACUCCCUCCUCCCUUCCUUCCCUCUAUCGGAGGAAAAGAGGACGUCAGCAACUUUGAUGAAGAAUUCACGACAGAAGCUCCGAGUCUCACUCCACCCCGUGAACCCCGGGUGCUCUCACGCAAGGAUCAGGACUGCUUCCGUGACUUUGACUAUGUCUCUGAUCUCUGCUGAGAGCGUGUUCACUGUGAUAUUGCCAUAGAGAGACAGUUCUGCUCCGUGACUCCGUGACGAUGAAGAGAAGAGUGGCCAAUCCGGGUGUUGCAUAUGAAUUCUGAAUGUGCUGGACCUGUGAACACUGUGAUGGUCAGGAGAGAUUGAGAGAGGACUGAAAAAGUGAUCAAGAAGCUUAGGAUUAGAAAGAGAAAGGAAGAAGAAUUUAAGAAUUUUCAUGUCAGGUUGUUUGUUGCCAUUUAAGCAUAAGCCUUAGAUCAAAAGGUUUUUAAGAUCACGAGGAACAUAAAUGCAGUUAAGUGUAUCCAAAUGUUUGACUGGUAGUGUACAUUUCCUUUCAUUCUUACAGUAAUGAAGGAAAUGGUCUCAGUUAAAGGGAUAGUUCAUGCAAAAAUGUAUGGAGAAAAAAAAGAUGCAUUUAAAGUGAAUGGUGACGAAAGCCCAAAGUAAGCUUCGGUUAGAUGCGAACGCUAGGCGUCUGCGCACAGGAUGCGUGACGCAAAUUUCGUCAUCAGCAGGGUGCUCGAGCACUGAACGCUUGAACCUUGCAUGCACUGAACAUGCAGUAUGCGCAUGCGCCUGGAAUUAUUUGCACUAAUCUGUGGGUCCACAAGGUGGCAGCACUCACAUUUGAGCCGUUACUUUAACGAAGAAGCGCUAGAAAAAGAUGUAAUCGAUGCUAAACAUCAGGAGACAAAAGUAGAAGACAACAACAGUGGAUGUGCACAUCAAGAGCACUUGUGUGAGGAGGUCAAGAGAUACCUGCAUUUGUAUAACUCGAGUCUGAAGGAAUAUAAAGACAUCUUUAUGGGUCUGAACUCCUGAAGAGAAACAGUCCGGUGUCUCGUAACAGUCGUAGCGUGCAUGCGCUAACCGCCUGUGUAUGUGCGCACAGUCAUAUGAAGUAGAUUUCGAAAUACUAGCAUUGGACUGUACGCACAUGCUAAGCGUUCGUGUCGUAACCGAAGUAUACUUCGGGGUUAAACAUUCUGCUGGUCGACAUCUUUUGUUUUCCACGGAAGAAAAAAAGUAAAGGGUUAAUUUUUGGGUGAACUAUUCCUUUAAUUUUGAUGACCAACUGGCUACAACAACAAAAGAUCUUUCUCCAUCUUCACUUCCCUUUUUCAGACGUUCUCCAUUCAAAUUGGCCAUUACUGUUACUCUGAAUUGUCUCCGGUGGCCUGAUUAGGAACAGGAACCCAAAGGAACGUGUUUAAGAGAUGCUUUUCUGCAUACACUGUGACAUCAAAAGGAAGAUGAGAGUUGCACUGAGAGCAGAGCUUAUUUAAAUAGACUACUUUAUGUUUGAACAUAUGAAUGUGUACUUGCUCUUGGGGUGUCCUGUGGUCGAGGCAUUAAACCUAUUAAGAGUU